AUGGCCGAGAUGCCGGCACCAAUCUUCUCGCCUACGGCUGCCACCACCGCUAUAGUGCCACCGCAUCGCGACGACCGACCUCUGAGAAGCUCAUGUGGCCAGUGCAACCAAGCAAAGGUUAAGUGCUCUAAGGAUAGACCGACCUGCCGGCGCUGUGCUACACGGAAUACACCCUGCGUUUACAGCAUCUCGCUGCGCGGAAUCAAAAGGCCACGGCCUCGCCAAGAAGCAGACCAGACCUGCCCACCAAAGGAAAAGAAGAGAGUCCUCUCCAUCCCAUCUCCCGUCUCUUCGGAAACGCUGCCCACCACGACUGUCGAUAUCACAGUGCAACCAGCGUGUCCGCCCAAUUUCGGAAAUAGUGAUAUCUACUCUGAAGGAUUUGUAGAUGAUGAUCUCGCCGGCCUCCUCUCGCUGAACCCCUUCGAUACUCCGCUCUCCGAUCCAACAGCGUUCCCCUUUUCACUGGAUGUUCCAGACUCGCGUCUUGUUCCUUCGACUCAGCCUGCGGUUGCACCACAGAUGGUCCCGCAUUCGAUGACGAUCCCUCUCAGCCCCAUUUCGCCGCCAAGCUCCCGGGACGGCCACAGCCAUUAUGGAGCCACAGGCCCGACGACCACCACGACAUCCGGCCUGAACUCACCAGUCCCAGCCUCAGUCACCUGCUGGUGCCAGCAAAGCAUUAGCUUCAAGUUGACCGAGCUCAGCAUGCCAAAACCACCAUCAAGCACCUUCAUCCUCGACGACUUCCUAACCGAGCACCGCGCCAAUAUGGCCCUCUGCACCAACGUCCUGAACUGCCCAGAUCCCCACCGUACUCACGGCAUGAUUCUUCUUACGCAGAUGAUUGCUCUCCUGCAUCAUAUGACGGCUGCCUUUGACCAGCUUCUUCCGCGAGGCGAUACGAGCGGGCAGCAGCAGCCGCCUCCACCUCCGCCAACCCCAUCAUCGAGAGCGACCUCAACGUCGCCCAUCGACCACCGCAAGGAGCAAAUCAGCAACGCCAACACUCUCCGUGCCGAGCUCGCCAAGCUAGGCGUCCUGAUCCAGGAAUUUGACAGGAGGUACUGCGCGCUAGAUAAUUCCGGGUUUGGAAACGAGACGUUCCUUCUCUCCCCACUGUUUGCAAACCUGCAGUGGAAGACGCAGUGUAACUCGCACCCAGUCCAGCGGUGUCAGACCUGUCAGACUCCCUUCAAGCAAUCAGCCUCGAUACGAUCGUACUCUGUACCGAUCCUUCUUGGUGCUACACCGCACAACGGCCCUCCGUAA